UGUACACAGACAGUACGUCGUGUAUAUUUCUUGUUUCGAUAAUGUUGGAUUGGUACUCGAGGAAGGAAGGAAGUUAUACUGUUUUAACUCCAAAAACAUACGUUUCCUCCGUCUCAAUGUAAGGAGUAAUUGGCUGCCAAUAUGGCACACAACACUUCAGAAAUGAGCAACGGAAACAGUAGCGUUGUUAAUGGUUUGACUGAGGUGAAAAGUAAGUUUGAUGCUGAAUUCCGUCGUUUCACAGUCACUGGUACUAUUCAAGCAACAUUUGAAGACUUUUACUCCUUUCUUGAGAAGAUUCAUAAGAUAUCGAAGAUACCUUUCCUCAUCGGCUACACAGAUCCUCAAGGUGAACUGUUACCAAUCAACAAUGACGAUAACUACCACAAAGCACUCUCUAUGGCAAGGCCAUUAUUACGGAUUGUCAUCCAGAGAAAAGAUGAAGUCACUCAGAUGCAACCAUUCAACAUGUAUGGAAGCUCAAAGAAGAAGAGUAAGUUCAACCUGGGUGGUGUCUCUGCCCCUAAGCAGCUAGCUCUACCCAUUGGCAUGCCACAAGAUUUCCGUCGUGUCUCAGCCAUCAUUGAUGUGGAUAUUGUACCAGAGACGCAUCGUAGAGUCAAACUCCACAAACAUGGUUCUGAGAAACCAUUAGGUUUCUACAUCCGAGAUGGAACCAGCGUCAGAGUAACUCCUCAUGGAUUGGAGAAAGUUCCUGGUAUUUUCAUCUCGCGUCUUGUACCAGGUGGACUUGCAGAGAGUACAGGACUCUUAGCUGUUAAUGAUGAAGUACUUGAAGUCAAUGGUAUUGAAGUCAGUGGUAAGACGCUUGACCAAGUAACUGAUAUGAUGGUAGCUAAUAGCUCUAACCUCAUCAUUACAGUCAAACCAGCAAACCAGAGAAACACUUUAUCAGGUGGUAAGCCUGUCUCAUUCAUGCCAAGGAUGUCAACAGUCUCUACAGCAUCAGUCCCAUCUUUGACUGAGACUGAAGAUGAUAGUGAUGAAGAUGAAGUCAAAGACUUAACAGAGACGAUAAAUAAUCUGAAUUCUGAACAAGGAGGAGGAGAUGAAAGAAACAUUCAAACAGCAGAAGAAAGGGAAUCAUCCCCUCAUGAAGAGCAGUCUACUAAAGAACACAUCAUUCAAGAAAACGGAGGAGUGUCUCCAAUGGAAGAAGAUGUUGAAGAUGAUGAUAAUGUAUGUACUCUGUAAGAAAUCGAAUCAUCGGAGUCUGCAAUCUCCUUAAGCUUCUCGGAAUGGCUACUCAUUGUAGAGCUACUGUGCAUAGCUCAGUAAUCCAUGUUUUGUGUGAGAUACUGUAAAACAGCCUGCUUCGAAAUACUAAUUAUACACAAAGGCCAUGGUACCAGGGUCCAAUUUCAAAAACUGUUUAGCAGAAAAUACUGCUAGUGCGAGACAAAUUUCUU